AUGCCUAAGCUCCUGUCGGUGGACAAUUUGACCAGUGGAGAUGUGAAAGUGUCACCUGGUCUAUUGACAUUGCCCAAGGGUCAAGAUAGCUUCAUGGUCACCCUCCGAACCUCCCUGGAAGAAGUGGCAACAACUGCGCCAAAAUCUGUGGUUUCCCUCCACGCUCCAUGGACCGUUGCCUUCCAAGGAGAGACGGUGAAACUGAUUUGCAAUGGUCUUCGCUUCAACUCAGCACAGAAAGCAACAUGGUACUAUUGGUACCAUGAGGGGAAAAUGUCAAGCAAAACCCUAAGUAACACCCAUGUGGUUCAUGAUUCUGGGGAGUAUAGAUGUCAGGCCUCUGACUCACUCCUGAGUAACUCUGUGAGGUUACUCUUUUCUACAGCUAACCUGAUCCUGCAGGCUCCACUUCCCGUGUUUGAAGCCGACUCUGUGGUUCUGAGAUGCCGAGCAAAGGCGGGAGUAGCAGUGAAUAAUAUGACACUAUACAAGAAUGAUAGAUUCCUGGCAUCCCUUCAUAAAACUUCUGACUUUCACAUUCAUCAAGCAGAUAUGAAGGACAGUGGUAAAUAUCGCUGUAGUGGAUUUAAGGAAAAGUGUUGCUCUGUUACUUCAAACACAGUCAACAUCCAAGUCCAAGGAGUUGUUGCCAAUGUUCAAAUACAUACCCGCCCAGCCCUAGAGUUGGUGUUUGAAGGGCAGGAACUGGUGCUCACCUGCUCAGUAGUUGGAGUCCCAGGGACCGUCAGAAUCUCCUGGUACAAAGGAUCAAAUAAGCAGCGUAUGAAAACAAAGAUUCAGAAUUCCCUGAACGCAGAAUUCAAGAUCUCGAUGGUGAAAAACAGUGAUGCUGGAGAGUAUAACUGUGAAGCCAGCAACGGUCACCUCAUCCUUCAAAGCAAGCCAGUGACCAUCAAUGUGAAAGUUCCCGUGUCUCAUCCUCUCCUCACCCUCAGCCCUCCUAGGGACCGAGCUUUUGAAGGAGAUGUGGUGAGACUUCAGUGUGAAGCCCAGAGAGGUUCUUUUCCCAUCCAGUAUGAGUUUUUUCAUGAAGGUGUAAUUAUCAAGAAGAUAGAAACCACUUCAUGGAGAGAAAGUUCCUUCAGGUUCACUCUGACUGCAGAGCAUUCUGGGAACUACUACUGUACUGCUGACAAUGGUCGGGGGGCCAAGCAGAGCAGGGCAGUGCACCUCUCCAUCACCAUUCCGGUGUCUCAUCCUGUCCUCACCCUUAGCCCUCCUGGGAACCGGGUUCUUGAAGGAGAAAUGGUGACCCUUCAAUGUGAAGCCCAGAGAGGUUCUCUUCCCAUCCAAUACGAGUUUUUUCGUGAAGGUGUAUUUAUCAAGAAGAUAGAUGCCACUUUACGGAGAACAAGUUCCUUCAGGUUCACUCUGACCACAGAGAAUUCUGGGAACUACCACUGCACCGCUGACAAUGGCCGGGGGGCGCAGCACAGCACCACAGUGCACCUCUCCACCACCAUCCCCGUGUCUCAUCCUGUCCUCACCCUUAGCCCUCCUGGGGACCGGGUUCCUGAAGGAGAAGUGAUGACACUGAAUUGUGAAUCCCAGAGAGGUUCUCUUCCCAUCCAGUACCAGUUUUUUCGUGAAGGUGUAAUUCUUAAGAAGAUAGAAGCCACUUCACGGAGAACAAGUUCCUUCAGCUUCUCUCUGACCACAGAGCAUUCUGGGAACUACUACUGCACCGCUGACAAUGGCCAGGGGGCCCAGCGCAGCACCUCAGUGCACCUCUCCAUCACCAUUCCAGUGUCUCGCCCUGUCCUCACCCUCAGGGCUCCCAGGGCCCAGACUGUGGUGGGGGACAUUGUAGAGCUUCACUGUGAGGCCCAGAGAGGCUCACCCCCGAUCCUGUACCAGUUUUAUCAUGAGGAUGUCACCGUGGGGAAUAGCUCGGCCCCCUCUGGAGGAGGAUCUUCCUUCAAACUCUCUCUGACUGAAGAACAUUCUGGAAAUUAUGCCUGUGAGGCCAACAAUGGCCUGGGGGCCCAGCGCAGUGACACAGUGUCACUCAGUGUCACAGUUCCAGUGUCUCGCCCUGUCCUCACCUUCAGGGCUCCCAGGGCCCAGGCUGUGGUGGGGGAUGUGGUGGAACUUCAUUGUGAGACCCAGAGAGGCUCUCCCCCAAUCCUGUACCGGUUUUAUCAUGAGGAUGUCAUCCUGUGGAUAAGCUCGACCCACUCUGUAGGAGGAGCAUCUUUCAACCUUUCUCUGACCAGAGAACAUUCUGGAAACUACUCUUGUGAGGCCAUCAAUGACCUGGAGGCCCAAAAGAGUAAGAUGGUGACACUCAAUGUCUUAGUUCCAGUGUCUCGCCCUGUCCUCACCCUCAGGGCUCCCGGGGCCCCAGCUGUGGUGGGGGACGUGGUGGAGCUUCAUUGUGAGGCCCAGAGAGGCUCUCCCCCGAUCCUGUACCAGUUUUAUCACGAGAAUGUCACCGUGGGGAGCAGCUCGGCCCCCUCUGGAGGAGGAGCUUCCUUCAACCUCUCACUGACUGCAGAACAUUCUGGGAACUACUCCUGUGAGGCCGACAAUGGCCUGGGGGCCCAGCGCAGUGAGGUAGUGACACUUUCAAUCACAGGGGCGACAGGGAGCAGAAGUGCCCCUGUUGCCACAGGCGUCACUGGGGGCCUGCUCAGCGUCAUGGGCCUUGCUGCUGUGGCACUGCUGUUCUAUUACCGACUCCUGAGAAAACCAGGAGGAAGGCUUACCUCUGACAGUUCCAGGAACCCUUCAAACUCAGACCCCCAAGAGCCCACCUACCACAACGUACCAGCUUGGAUAGAACUGCAACCAGUGUACAGCAAUGUAAACCCUGAAGGAGGAGACGUGGUAUACUCGGAAGUCCGGAGUAUUCAGGAGGGAAAGAAACAUGCAGUGGCCUCCACACCAGGGCUUCUCAAGAACUCGGAUUCCUCUGUCAUCUACUCCCAGGUGAAGGUGGCUGCAACGCCAGCCUCUCGGCCCCAGCUCUCGGCUUCCUCAGCUCCUCAUAGAUGAGUUUGCAGAGCUCCCUGACUGCUGUCUCAGCCUCUGCACCCCAAAGCCAUCCUUGGGAGAGAGGGGACGUCGAAGUAGGAAGAUUUAAACUGCCCCAUGCUGCAUCCAGUGGCCUCUGCGUCAAGUGCCCGCACCUCAGUCUGACAGGGCCCUGCAGGACUCCCGCCUGUUUCCCAAGUUACAGCCCUCCCCUCGUGGUCUUUUUGUCUGAUGACAUGUUGCUCCAACCCAGGGCCCAUCAUGUCCCCUGGCUUCUUUAGUGGGCUUCAGCUUUGGUCACUAUUCUGAGUCCUACUCCCAUACACACCCCCACCAUUCCUCUAUGAGGACUGCUCCUGAACUCCGCUAUGGACAUCCUCUCUCAGUGGGUCCAUUUCUCAAUCUCUGUCAGCCUGGUGGGGCUACUAUGGUGCUCUGCCAAACAGGACAGCACCGCCCCUGGAGGCACAUACACUGGGCUUCUUAUGGACCUCUCCAUAAUGGGACUGCAUCUCACACUCCCCCAUCUAUCUGAAACUCUAAGGUCAGCCCCUGACACCAGGAUAACUUCUCUCCUGCCCAUGUGCCAAUAUCUGCCUGCCCAACUAAGUGGAUUUCACACCCCUGGCUUCCCAUCCUGUCAGAAGUAACCCAGCACAUUCAUGGCCGGGAGGACCAGGAAUGCAGAGAGAAUGCAUAAUGGAAUAUAGGUGGUGCUCUAUUACUAUUUAAUUGAAUGAAUGAAUGAAUGAAUGAGGAAGAUACAAGGGGUAAUUGUGAAGCAUUCCUACCCUCCAACUGGCAUUUGAUCCAGUGUGCUCCCUAGGAAAUCCAGGAAGUACUCUUCUGUCUUCCCUGAGUAAGAAAUAAACUAAGAGAAGGAGUUUGAGUGAGGAAAGCUCUGUUCAGCAAGCGGGAAGGCUUCUCAAACUUUAAUGUGCUUACAGGUCACCAUGGGGAUCUUGUUAAAAUGCAGACUCUGACUCAGUGGAUUUGGGUGGAAGCUAAGAUCCUUCAUUUCUAACAAGCUCCCGGGGGAUGCUGAUGCUGCUGGUCCCAGCACCAGACUGAGUACCAAGGCCCAGUGGGUCUUGGCAGAGUCCUGUGGAGAAGCAGUGUGAGCUCUGGCUGCCCACUGCCUAACUGUAUGGGGGCCCUUCAUGCAGGUCACACUGCUCCCUGUGCUGUCCUUCUGCUAGAACACCACCAGCUGCUGUUCCUCAGAGAACUUCUCCAUGACGUGCUGGGUUUCAUCAGCCACCCUGGGUGGAGGAAAUGCAGCUGCCACCAUCUUUGUUUCCCCACCUCAGGCCUCAUACUUUCUCAUGAAAAGAGGGAAGGAAUAUACUAUGAAUAAGUAUAUUACCCCUUAGCCUUCUCCCGUCAAAGUUGAUCUAUCCCACCUCUGUGCUGUGGGAUGUUUUGUUCCAUAAAACAACUUUUAUGAUGCCCAUCACACCUUAUCUAGAUCUCCACCUCCAGUGGAUUGUUCAGUAGGGAUCAUUUCUAAGCUCCAUUGCACUGGAAUAAAAUCUUUCAUAACAUUCAAGGUCCUUCUCCAUCUGGUGCCACCUACCUACCCCUCAGCCUUUCCCACCCUUGUUGCCCUCCACACCCUGCACCCAGACACAGGGUGAUCUGCUCCAUUCCCUAACACAGCCUCUCCACACUUCCUGUUCCUAGAAAGCCUUUCCUCGUCAUUUCCAUCACUGGAAUCCUGCUCAUUCUUUGUGCCCCAACUCAAAGCUCAUCCUCUACCAGAAUUAAUCCAUCUCUCCUGUGGGUUCCCAUUGCACUUUUACACGAUGAUACUUGGAAUCACCAACGGUUAAUAUUUGGAGGGAACUUAGAGUUUAUCUAGGCCAACUCUCUAGUUUUGUAGUUGGAAAUUAAGAACUAGAGAAGAGAAGCAACUAGCUGAAAAUCACACAACUAUUAGUGGCAAAGGCCAUACUAAACUAAACCCAGGACUCCCAACACCCAGGGCAGUAUUCUUUCCUCUACACAGCUCCUCUGAUACAGGGACUUGGGCAUUUCUGUUUCCCCAGUGAGGUUGAGAGUUCCCUAAAAGAAAAGCCCAAGUCCAAUUUGUGCAUAUGCAAAUCCCAGCAUGGUGCCUGGCAUUCAAUUGGUGCUCAAUGAAUUGUUGUCAUAUUGAAUGUCAAUUAAGUCCCCCUGCUGAAUAAACAUUAUCUCCACAAAUUCAUCUAUAUCUUUACCCGCUCCCUCUUAAUCCAAAGAAGUGCAAUACGUGUACUGAGAUCUCAGAGUUUUUUAGAAUACCAGUAAAAUCAUUUCUACCAA